AUGACGACUCCUCUUCCAGGACCCAAUGCGAAGAUCUUCUUCAGCACCCGUCACGAGGCCCAUUCUGCUUUCACCAACGUCUCCAACCACCCCAUCAACUACCAAGGCCGCCUCUAUGACACGGCAGAACAUCUCUACCAUGCCUUCAAGUUUAUUGGUCGCGAACCAGUUAUUGCUGAGCUCGUUCGCAAAUCCACGGACCCUCAGCGGUCCGCACGCGAUAAUGACGAUAAGAAACGCCCAGACUGGGCCAACGUACAUCUCUUCAUGAUGGAGCAGGUUCUCACAUUGAAAUUUCAUCAAUACCCCGGCCUCAAGAAUAACUUGUUGGCAACAGGUGACGCACAAUUGAUUCAGCUCGGUUCCGAUCAAUAUUGGUCUCAACAAGAGGACGGAAGCGGAGACAAUCAAUUCGGACAUACACUUAUGAGAGUCAGGAGCACACUCCGGCGCUAA